AAUUAAUGAAAAAAGAUUAAUCAUAAGCGCGCAGUACACGUCGCAUAGCAAAUUUGCUAGUUCGAGAUUUCGAGAAUCGCUUAGCCACGCUAUAUCUACACUCAAGAAAAGAGUAAUAUAUCUGUCUUCUUUUAAGAGAAAAAUAAUAUAUCUGUCUUCUUUUAUAUCUCGAAGCUGCCGAUCAUCGAGCGCACACAGACCAUUGAUGCUAUUUUCGAGACGCUAUCUGCUACCAUAGCAUGUAGAGGGUUGAAUGCACACAAGGGCAGAACGCCGCAUUACAUGUUCACAAUUUACGUUUGGUACGUACUUUCUCUACGCACUAUGGUAGUGGGCAGCGUCUCAAAAAUGACAUCACUGGACGAGACCUCAGACCUUAUGCUUUUGUAUAUGUUGCCAGCCUAUGAUAGGCUGUUUAUCCCUUCCACAUGUUGUAAGCAUGCUGUUGCAAAUGUGUUGCAAUCUGGCAGCUCUAGCUGAUGGCAGAGUAUCAGAAUUGACAUCUUUGCACCAAAUCAGUGUUCAAUGUGCCCUGCGACGAACAACAACGUCGAGACUGGCGAGCAGCCGUUAUCGUAGUCGUCGCUUCAAGCAAGCAUUGACAAACAUUGAAGAAGUUAUACGUGCGCACACGCAAGGAAACAUGUUAAGUUCGAUCGCGUUACGUCAAGUGUUGUCGCAACGGUAGAGCAUCAUUAUUCUCAUCGUCCGUUCAUUUACGCCUAACAAUGCAUUGCGCGUAUCACAUCCGCGACGACAGAGUCGCGAUCGACGUUGUUGGGCGUAACCGAGCAGCAUCGAGAAACAAUAGGAACGUGCAUGUGUGACAAAAGCCUGGGAACAUUGCCACGGUCGCUGCCAUUGCGAGUGAGCAGGCGGGGCGGAACUCUUGGUGCACCCGUGUAAGAGAAUAUAGUGACGCGGGACGUAGCAUAUAUACACGUUGCUAUUCUUCCGUUUUUUUCUCCAACUCACGUCCUUCCUCAGCACGAUAUUUCCACGCAUCAGUCCUUGAAAAUUCGACUAGGACGACCAGAAGAUCGAACGUGAAGAGUGAAAACGUGCGAGGCAUGUCAUCGUAGUACCGUACAACUCGUGGCCGAAAUCUCGGAUUGAGCGCGAGAUGAAUUUUGACCGUUGAUUGACAUUGAUGUUGUUGACGUGGCUGAGUUCACUUAUUUUUAAAUCUAAAAGAUUCUAAAGAGGAAUUUAGAAAAGAAUACAAUAUGAUGAAACAAGAAAGUGAAGCAAAAGAACUUUAUCUCAAAGUUCUAACUGAACUUGAAAAGACAGUAUCAGAGGAUAAUAUUGAUAACUUUAAAAAAUUAAGCAACUCAAUUAAUUACAUAAAUAGUGUAGAAAAUCAUGCAACAUUGAAAGAUUAUGAUAAUACUGAUAAUCCUAUCAAAAGCACUAACUUAAUUAUUUUAGCUUGUAAACACAAUAAAAAAAAGAUUUUAAAGUACUUAGUUGAUAAUGAUAGUAAAAUUCUAAAUAAUUUAUCUGUUGAUAUUGGAAGAAGCACUAUACUACCACAUGAUGAAGAUGAAGCAUGCCAUAACGCGUUUUAUUAUGCCAUACGUUCAGGUAAUGUUGAUCUUCUUGAUACACUCAUUAGUAAAUGGCCAGGUAAUUAUUUUGUUGUUCAUUUGGAAGAAUUGGAUAAAAUUCUUUCAAUAGUUUAUGAAGAAUUAAAGUUAAAAAAUGUACCAUUAUCAAGUGAAAUGGAAAUUUUUGUUGAGAAUAAGUUAAUAAACCUCCGUUUCUUCUGUAGUAGUUCUCGACAAAAUCAAAAUGUAAAGGAUUAUUUUAAUAACAUCAGAGAACGGAUUAAAUUAAUACUUCAAAACAUUAGCUUGCUAAAAACAAAUUAUUCAAACACGGAAGAAGUGGAUGAAAAGUUUUUAUUCAUAGCAAAGUCUAUUGCACAAAAUAUCCAUAUAUUAAAGAGACAAUUGAAAUUAACCUAUGAUAGAUUACCUUGGGAAGAAAUGGAAUUUUGUUUGGUCAGUUUUGUUUCUUCUCACAUAAAACGACAAGAAAUUAAUCUAUUUUAUAAUGCUAUAUUAAAUAAAAGUAAAAUACUAAAUCACUUAGAAAAUUUUGCAAAGAAACUUGAAUACGAAAAAGAUAUAGAAGGUAUAACUAUUGAUAAACUUGCUGAUCUUCCAAAGUUAAAACGUGAGAAAGUUGUUGCAGAGAUUAUUAGCAGUUAUCCUCAAUUUGAAGAGUUGUAUAAUGAUUAUCAACAAAUUAGGGAUAUCCAUUCUUUAGAAAAAAUAAGUUAUUAUAUAAAGUUAGCAUUAUCGACUGACUCUAAAGAAAGAGAAGGACAGUUAAUUAUUACAAGGGUUUUACAAGUUGUCGGUGAAUAUUUAAAAAACACUUUAGAAUCCCCUAAGUUAUCUAAUACUACAAGUGAGCUUUUGUUACUAUCGUUACCAAAAAAUACAAGGAAAGUAAUUAUAGAUUUGCGUAACUCAUUAUCACAUGCUUACUCACUCUUCAAGAGAACAGAGAUUGAGGAAAAUACAGAUAGUAGUUUUUUUACUGGUAUUCAAAAUGAUACUAAAAGAAUCGAUAACGUAAUUACUGAUAUUCUUUACAACAACAAGAUUAAAACAAUCAGAAUAUUGCUAAAAAAAAUUACUAAUAGUGAAAGCUUAGAUGAGAUAAAAGAAGUUGCUGAAAUAUUUAGUAAUGUUGAAUUGAAUACAAUAAUUUCGGAAAAUUUUAAAAUGAUGGAACAUGAGAAGCUUGAAAAACUCAUUCAAGAAUUAAGCGAUAAUAUAAUUGACAAGACGAAUUAUGAAAAGGAACAGUUUCAUAAAAUUAAUAACAUAAUCGAUUGUGUAAGAACUCAAUCAGAAAAUAUCAGAACUGAUUAUAUUAUAGUAUUUGCAUCAUUAAGGAGCUUAAGCAUUAGUUUUAACGACAAUAAGAUUGACGAUAAUAUUAUUAGAGGAUUGAAAUUCUAUGCUAAUCAAACAUUAGAGAAUAUUACUCCAAAAAUAAAACCUCAUAGCCUUAAAGAAAUAGCUGAACUGUCAAUGAAAAUUUUUCGCAGUGUUAGAUCAAGAAUUCAAUAUAACCUUGAUGAAAUAAACAGAUUAACUUAUGAAAUUUUUUAUAUUGUUAAAUUUGGAAUGGAUGAUAUUAAAUGGAUUGAGGAAUUAAGAGAAAAGUUGAAUGAAAAAGAUUCUUUUAUUCCUACACAUAAACAAAGAAAAACUUAUAAUGUAACAAAAGAAAAAUAUAAUAAUCAGCUUGCAUUAAAAUUAUCUGAAUUGAAAAAUAUUUUAAGCAAUAAUGCAUUUAGUGGCCGAUUAAUCGAAAAAUUAUCUUUCUAUAAGAGUGAUAAAAAAUUUCAAGCAGUAGUACAAAUGCUUGUUCUGGAUAUAAUGUCAAUUUUAAGUAGCUCAAAACAUUACUUGGAAAAUAAUUACUUUUUUUUAGAUGAUAACACUCCUUUAUUAACUGGAAAAUGCUUACGUAAUUAUUUAGCACAUGAUAAUGUUUUAGUUGAUGUACUGUUAUCUGAUCCUUCAAUAGCAAUUAUUUUAAACGCUAAAAAACUUACUGAAGAAAAUAUAAUGAGAAGUAAGAAAAAAAUUGGCAAGUUUGUAAGCGAUGAUCCUUUCAAGUUGAGAGAGAAAUACGAUAAAGGUCUAGUUACCAUUACUAAUCAGGAGAGAAUGUUUGUUGCUUUGGCAGAAGGAAAUCUGGAAAACUUAAAGGAUUGUCUCAAAAAAGGAGCAGAUAUUUAUGCUAGAAAUAUUAAUUUAUGGACCACGUUACAUUUUGCUGCUAAGGGAUCCAGUCUUGAAGUUAUAAAAUUUAUUUUUGAUCAAAAUUUAAACGUUAAUGCGAAGGAUAUUAAUGGUCAAAGUCCAUUGCAUAUUUCUGCUGCACAUGGAAGGAGAAAUAUUGUAGAGUUUUUUAUAAAAGAAACAGGUUUAUAUGUUGAUGAUCAAAAUAAUAGUGGCAAAACACCAUUACAUGUUGCUGCUCAAAAUGGUCACAAGGAUACUGUUGAAGUUUUAUUAAAAAAUAAGGUUAAUACUGUUAUCCAAGAUAUAAGUGGUCUUUCACCUUUGCACUAUGCAAUAAUAAAUAAUCAUAUCGAUGUUGUUAAGAUUCUACUAAAAAAAGUAAAUGUUGAUAUUAAUGAAACUAUGGGUGGUUUUACCCCGUUGCACGGAGCUGCAGAGAGAGGUCAUCUAGAGUUAGUUAAUUUUUUGCUUCGAAAUAAGGCAAAUGUUAAUGCUAGAAAUGACAAAGAUUGGACACCGUUACAUGCAGCAGCGCUCAACGGUUAUCUAGAAGUAGUGAACGCUUUAAUUGUAAAAGGAGCUAAUGUUAAUGCUAGAAUUAUAAAUGGUUGUACACCAUUACAUUAUGCAGUAGAAAAUGGUCAUGAGAAGAUAACUAACAUUUUAUUAAAACAUGGAGCUAAUGUUAAUGCUGUUGACAAAAUCUAUAAUAAUACACCUUUACACUAUGCGGCAAAAGAUGGACACGAGAAAAUUGUUCAGACUCUACUGAAAAAUAAAGCCAACGCUAGUAUUGCCAAUGUUACAAAUAUGACUCCAUUGCAUCUUGCUGCCCAGAAUGGUCAUCUAGGAAUAAUUAUUGCUCUACUUGAACAUGAUGUUGACAUUUGUGCUAAAGAUAUAAAUAACGCUACACCAUUAUAUUACGCAGCAGAAAGUGGUCAUAAGGAAGUUGCUGAACUUUUAAUAAAAAAUAUAGCAGAAAUUAAUGUCAAAGCCAAUAAUAAUUUAACAUCAUUGCAUGUAGCUGCUCUGAAAGGCCACGAAGACAUUAUUGAUCUUCUAAUAAAAAAUAAAGCUGGAGUUAAUAAUCGAAACAUUAAGGGUGAUACACCAUUACAUGCAGCUGCCAUGAAUGGUAGCAAAGAUAUUAUUUCUCUUCUAAUAAAAAAUAAAGCUGAGGUUGAUGCUAGAACUCAUGAUGGUUUUACACCAUUGCAUGCAGCUGCUCUUAGCGGCCGUAUAGAUGCUAUUAUUUCUCUAAUAAAAAAUAAAGCUAAAGUCAAUACUAGAGCUAAAGAUGGUUUUACACCGUUACAUACAGCUGUCAUAGAAGGUCACAAAGAUGUUGUUAGCCUUUUAAUAAAAAAUAAAGCCCAAAUUGAUGCGAGAGAUAUUGCUGAUAGUACACCAUUACACGUAGCUGUGGAAACAGGUCAUAAAGAAAUCGUUGAGAUUUUGAUAACAAACGGAGCCAAUGUUAAUGUCAAAAGUAACAACCUGACGCCAUUGCUUUCUGCUAUUAAAUAUAAUCACAAGGAAAUUAUUGAAAUUCUUAUAGCAAAUGGAGCUAGUGUUAAUGCAGAAGGUAGUAAACCUUUAGCAUUAGCAGUGAUUGCUGGCUAUAAGGAUAUUGUAGAAAUUUUGCUAAAAAAUAAAGCUUGUAUUAAUAUGAAAUAUCCUGAAGAUGCUACGCUAUUACAUUUGGCUGCUAAAAGAGGCCACAAGGAGAUAGUGAAUGCUUUGAUAACAAGAGGCGCUAAUGUUGAUGCUAUGACUAUUAAUGGUAUAACACCAUUAUAUCUGGCAGCACAAGAAGGUCAUGAAGAAGUUGUUGAAAUUUUGAUAGCGAACAAGGCUAAUGUUAACAUUGUAAAUGUUGAAGGUGCUCCAUUACAUAUAGCUGCAGGACACGGCCAUGAUAAUGUUGUUGAAGUCCUAUUAAAUAAUAAAGCUAAAAUUAAUAUUAAGGACAAUAAGAAUAGGACAUCUUUAGAGUUAGCAGUUGCACAUGGUCAUUUACAAGUGGUUAAAAUGUUAUUACAGUAUAAAAAAGUAGAUAUAAACGUUAAAGCUAACGAUGAUUGGACGAUACUGCAUAUUGCUUCACAACAAAGUAACUUAGAGAUGGUAAAAUAUCUAGUAGAUAAAGGAUCUGAUAUUAAUGCUAAGAAUGCUUCUGGCUCAAAACCCAUACACAUUGCAGCUAGAGAAGGUUAUAAAGACACUGUAGAGUUUUUUCUUAGUAAGGGAUCAAGCAUUAAUGAUCUUGGUGCGGCUAAUCAGACAUUGUUACACUAUGCUGCAAUGAAAGGUCAUUUAGAAGUUGUAAAGUAUUUGAUAAUACAAGGUGCUGAUGUUAAUGCUCAAGAUGCUAAUGGAUCAACUUCUAUGCACAUUGCUGCUAAUUAUAAUUAUAAAGACGUUAUUGAAGUUUUAUUAAAAAAUGGCGCAACUUAUAACGCUGUUGACAAGUUUUAUAGAAGACCAUUGGAAAUGGCUAAUGACAAGAAUGUUAUCAAUUUAUUAACAUCAACUGAGAAAUUGUUUGAGGCUGUAAAACGUAACAGCUUUUUGGAAGUUGAGGAUUACAUUAAAGCAGGAGCGUUUGUUAAUCCCCAAAAUGCUGAUAGUGGGACACCAUUACAUUAUGCUGCAUGGAAAGGUUAUGACAGAAUUGUCAAUGUUCUAUUACAAAAUAAAGCUAAUCCUAAUGUAGUUGGUAACAAGGGGGCUACUCCCCUGCAUUAUGCUGCUAAGUUUUCUCACUUAAAAGUUGUCAUAGCUUUAUUAUCUAAUGGUGCAGUAUAUAACGCUGUUUCUGACAAAACACCAUUAGAUUUUGCUGUAGAUAAAAAUAUAGCUAACUUAUUUAAGGUAGUAAGUGAAUCAUUUAAAAAUGUUAAAAAUGGUAACUCUAAAAUUAUUAAUGACCUCAACAAGAUAAAGGAUAUUGACAUAGUAAAAGCAGUAAUGAGUGCUCGUGAUAGAGAAAAUAAAACAUUAGUAAUUGCUGAAGUGCAUAGUAACUUUUCAAAAAUUGAACAGUUAAAACAGAUAUCACAAGGUGAUAUAUCCGCUCAGAUUAGUAUAGCUAUAGAGCUUUUGAAUCAAGGCGAUUAUCAAAGAGCCUUAACUAUUUUUAAAAGCGCAUUUGAAAAAAGAAAAGAAAUAUUAGGAUCAGAUAAUCCUGGCACUUUAGAUAUUCAGACAUACAUAGCUAAAGUAUUAUAUGCACAAGGGGCUUACCAAGAAGCUUUAAAUACAUUUGAAGAAAUUUUCCAAAAACAGAAAGAAAUGCUGAGUUUUAAUGAUAAGGAUACUUUAAGUACAAGAAGUACAAUCGCUUUAGUGCUGCAUAGACAGGGAAAAAAUGAAGAAGCUUUUAAUAUUUAUCAAAAAGUUUAUCAGAAGCAAAAGGAAAUACUAGGACCAAAUCAUUCAGAUACUUUAGAUACCCAAUUUCACAUGGCACUAGUAUUGGAUAAACAAGGAAAAUAUGAAGAAGCAUUAAAUAUCAAUAAAGCAAUUUUUGAAAAAAGAAAAAAAAUAUUAGGUGCAAAUAAUGUAACAGUUAUACAUGCUCAAAAUAAUAUAGCAAUGGUACUGGCUAAUCAGGGUAAAUAUGAAGAGGCAUUGAAAAUUUAUAAAGAGGUUUCCGAGAAGAAAAAGAUAGUUUUAGGUAUUAAUCAUGCUGAUACUUUGAGAACGUUACAUAACAUUGCUGGAAUACUCUUAAACAAAAAAAAAUAUCAUGAAGCCUUGAAAGCUCACCAAGAGGUUUUAAAUAUCCAGAAAAACAUUUUGGGACCAAAUCAUCCUGAUACCUUGAAUACUCAAUACAACAUGGCAAAUGUACUUUAUACUCAAGGCAAAUGGAUUAGUGCAUUUAAAACCUACAGAGAAGGUUUUGAUCGAAUAAAAGCUGUUUUUAGACCAAGUCAUCCACAUGUUUUGCAUUUUAAAAAGAAAAUGGAAAUGUUUAAUUUGAUAUUUAAGCUUGAAGGCAACAAAGAAUCGGAAAUUCUUCAAUAUUUGCAAAAAAACAUCAACAUUGCUGCUAGUAACGGUGAUGCACAAACUGUUCAGCGUCUAUUAAAAGAUGGAGCUGAUGCUAAUGAUAAAGAUAUUGAAGGAAGAACACCAUUACAUUACGCUAUUAGCAAUGAACAUAUAGGUGUCGUGAACAUCUUACUAAAAAACGGAGCUGAUAUUACUCAAGUUACUAAUAAAGGUAAUACAUCAUUACACAUUGCUACUUCUAAAAAUUACAAGGAAAUUGUAGAAGUUUUGUUACAACAUGUAAGUCAUAAUAAUUUAAAUGAUUUUAUUAAUGCUAAAACUACUGCUAGCGGUACUACAUCGCUUCACGUUGCAGCCAAGAAUGGUUAUUUGGAUGUUAUUAAGUCCUUAUUGAAGCAAGGUGCAAUUUAUAAUAUUAAAAACAAUGAAGGUAAAAUACCACUUGAUCUUUCUAAGGAACAAAAUGUUAAUAAUUUAUUGAAGAUAAUUGAAGAAUUGUUUAGAGACGUAAAAAAUGGUAAUGUUGAAAUGAUUAGCAAGCUAAGAGCAGUAAAACCUGAUGAGUUUAUAGCUAUAACAAAUGCUCGUAAUAAUCAAGGAAAUACAUUAUUACAAGUUGCUAUAGCUAAUGGACACAAGAAUGUUGCGAAUAAAUUGUUAGAAAUGUUAAAAAGGCCAAGUCAAAAUUUACAAGCUGUCAAUAUAGAAAGUGAAGUUAAAAGCUUAAAACUUUAAAUAAUACUGUUAAAACAUUCAUAUACAACUUCAGUUAAUGUUGUAUUAUACUUAAGUCAAUUGUAAAAUCUGGGAUUAAUGCUAUUGAAAAUAGGAAAAUGGAAGUUACUGAAAUACUUUCAAAAUAUAGAACUGAUGUUAAUACUAGAGAAUAUGGAUAGUACAAGAUCACUUCAUGCGGUAGUUGAGAGAGGAUGUUUAUAAAUUGUUGAGCAUCUUUUAAAACAGGGAGCUUAUGUUAAUUGUACAUAUACUUUGACAUGCGAGAAGAUUAUAUACCACUGCACUUUGUUGUUGAAGAAGAUAGUGAAAAAGUUAUUAAUUUGCUUUUAAAUAAAGAUGUAAAUGUCGAUGCUAAAAGAAAAGAUGAUAUAACUCUUCUUCAUAUUGUAGCUGAUAGAGAAUAUUCACAGAUUGUUGAGCAUCUUUUAAAACAUUGAGCUUAUGUUAAUUGUGUACAUGGAGAGAAGGCUAUUCAUCACUACAUGGAAAGAAGGUUAUUCACCACUACAUCUCGCUGCUGAAAAAGAUAGUGAGAAAAUCGUAGAGAAGAAAUAUUAGAAAAGAGAAUAGCAGCGUUGUAAUGGAUUAAUGAGAAAAGGGAGAGAAAAGAUAGAAAGAACCACAUUGGAAUAAAAAGAGUAGACUGGAAAAUGGAGAAAUUAGAGCAUGAGAUGGAAAGAUAUAUAAAAGACAGCUUAAAAGUGGAUGUAAUAGUAAAAAAGGCAAACAAAAUAAAACUGAAAUAACGGAAAUAAAAAUAAUAGCAGAGAUAGAUAAUUGAGAGCAAAAAAGAGAAAUCAUGAGUGAGAAGAAAGAGCUUGAGAAAGGCUAUAUUUAUAAAGGAUGUUUUUCGUAAGAAAAGAAUGAGAUGCAACAGAGUCAAAAAGUAAAGAAAAAGAUGUUAACAAUGUAAAAGUUGGAUACUAAAAAAUUAACUUGAAGAUUAAAUGGUAUAGAUGGAUCAAGAAAGAAGAAAAACUGGAGAAAGAAAGAAGAAGAAAAGAAUGAGAAUACGAGAAAAAAGGUGGAGAGGAGAUAGAGGAUGGCAAAAAAAUUUUAAAAUCUGUUUUUGGAAUAUUGUGGAAUAACAAAUAAAUGCGAAGAUAUGGAAAUAUUUGGAAGAAUUUGACAUGACAAACUUAACAGAAAUGUAGAUGGAAGAAGGAAAAUCAGUAAUAUAUUCCAUAAAUAUCCAAUAAAUAUGAAUAGAAUUGCAUACCGGCAACAAGAGAAAAUGUAAAAGAAAGGACAAGAAGAGGAAUUAUUUAAAGACGAUUAUUAAUAAGGAUUUUAAAAAUAAUAGAGUAAGAGACAUAAAUAAAGGAGCAAUGGAAAUAAAUUUGAUAUAUAACAAAAAUAGGUGGACAAUGAUUACGUUGUAUAACUAAAAUACUGAAGAAACAUUGGAGAAUUUAAUUUAAGAAAUAAAAGAAGAAAAAAAAGAAUAUUUGUUGAUAGAAAGAGAUUUUAAUGCGAGAACGGGAGAGGAAGGUGGCCCGAUAAGAAUAGAAAAAAAGAAAGAAGAGAGGAUCAAAAGAUAAAGUAAUAAAUAAAGAAGGAAGAAUAAUUUUAAUUGUUAAACAAGAUAAAAAAAGAGGAUGAAUGGUUUUGAAUGAAGACUAUGAGAAGGAAAGUGAAUGGAUACAUUGGAGAAACAAAAUCAUCGGUUAUAAAUUAUGUUGUAACGAACGAAAAAGCAAUAGAAAAAAUUAAAAAGAUAAAAGAAGGAAAUAGAACAGAGUCAGAUCACAUUGAAAGUAGAAUUAAAAGAUACGUAAAAAAAAACAGGAAAAAGAGUGACAAAAUGAAGAUUAAAAGAAGCGUACGAAUAGAAGAAGAUCGCGUACUACCACGGAAGAUAUGAAGAAUGCAUGAACACAGACAGAAAAUGAGGAA